ACAACUCGGGACAGUUCAAGACAGUUCAGGAUCAUUUCGCAGUCGAAACCAGAACAGAGGAUUCAUCAGUCCGAAAUUAUCCUCAAUAAACCAGAACGGUCUAUAUCAACUGCGCAUGAUCCUUACGUCCUAGAACCAGAAUUUCGUUGAACCAGAACAAACCUGUACAGUCACAGUAGAAGGGUUGAUUACUGUCUCAGAACGAACAAACCUUCAGUCAGUUCAAAGAAAGCUCUCCUGUGUCAAGCUCAAGCUUAGAGUUUUAUUACUCUGGGGUGUCAUUUGGUGUCGAGGAACUGUGCCAGUAUUCUAUCAUCUGUUGGUAGUGACCCCAGCUAUAAUGCCCGGCUGGUAUUAUGAUAAAAAGGAAUUGAGAAAUUCUCCCUCUGCCCAAGAUGGAAUUGACUACAAGACUGAAAUGCGAUAUCGCAAAGAAGGAGCUAGGUUAAUUAUUGAUACUGGAACCAAAAUGGACUUGGGGUAUAACACCAUGGCAACUGGAGUAGUUUAUUAUCACAGAUUCUACAUGUUUCAUUCUUUUAAGCAGUUUCCAAGAUAUGUGACUGCCUGUUGCUGCCUUUUCUUGGCUGGAAAAGUUGAGGAAACUCCAAAAAAAUGUAAAGACAUUAUAAGAAUUGCAAGAGGUUCUUUGACAGAUCAGAAAUUUGCCACCUUUGGAGAAGAUCCAAAGGAAGAGGUUAUGACACUGGAACGAAUACUUCUUCAAACCAUCAAGUUCGACUUACAGGUAGAGCAUCCCUAUCAGUAUUUGUUGAAAUAUGCGAAAUGUCUCAAAGGAGAUAAACAGAAAUUGCAAAAAAUGGUGCAGAUGGCUUGGACAUUUGUUAAUGACAGUCUAUGCACUACACUCGCACUUCAGUGGGAACCUGAAAUAAUAGCUGUUGCAUUGAUGUAUUUGGCUGGAAAACUCAGUAAAUUUGAGGUAGUUGAUUGGAUAGGCAGGUCUCCGAAACACUGUAGAUGGUGGGACAUGUUUGUUGAAGAUGUCACAAUGGAUUUAUUGGAAGAUAUUUGUCAUCAGGUACUGGACCUUUAUUCGCAGGUAGAUUCAUCCAAUCCACCUGAUAGCCCUCCCCUACACCCCAACAAAAUGCCACAGCAACAGUUUACAGCAUCAACGAGAACUUCAAAUGGACAAGAGAAAUCAGUAUCACCUGACCAACCACCUCCAGUCAUCACCAAACUUCCGCCUCCCUCUGAUAUUCCACAGUUUCCCUACCAAACAUUUACAGGGGCCCCACCAGUUAGUGCCUAUGCUGCUGCCUUUCCGUCAUCUCUAAGCGCCCCUCCAGGACCAACCACCCACUUGUCAGCUCCCCCACCACAUAUGGGCCCACCACCACCAUCUGUGUUUCCAUACAUUGCGCAUCCACCUCCAUUUACAGCUGUUGUCAGUAGUGGAGGCCCACCAUUUUUCGCUACCAAUGCGCCACCUCCAAAUCAACCUCCACAUAGACCAUUUUAUCCGCCACCCAGUUAGUUUUGAAAUUUAAAUUAGGACAAUUUUUUAAUAUCCACUAUAAUUCCAAAAUAAUCGGGACUAAAUUCUCAGAAAUGACUGACAUUUUUGCCUUAAUCUGUAUCUUGCAGUGGCGUACGGAAGGAAAAUUAACUUCAAGUGUAGUAGUAUUUAACAACUAUUUUCACAAAUCAUAAUUGAACUAUAUUAAUUAGAGAAAAAUAAUAUACAGUGUGUCUACGGAUGGAGUUGCAUACUUGUAAAAAAAUUGCAUCUUUUGGAAAUAUGAUUGACAUUAAAAAAUCUGAGAUCGGAUGUACAGGGUGUCGAGGUCUAAAAAUAACGAUAUGGUGUUGGGAAAAAACUCCAGUAAUAUUCUAUUGAAACUCCUUCAAUGAAAGCUUGUCGACAACUUUUUGUUUCUAAAUCUUGUCAUACCUUUGAGACAGUAUGGCUUUGAUUCAACCAAGUCUCAUCUAAAUAAUAAAUGUUUCUACCUUCAAGAGGAUACUCUCGGAAUUUUUUCAACUAAUUUCUCCGCCAAAAAACAAUUUCUUCUUUUUCUAUAAGAGCACUAUUCCUACCUCUUUUUAUAAAUUUAACUUUAUGUUUUCCUGUCAACCAGCGAUAGCUGGUCAUCGCAACUUAUUUUGGCGGCGACUUUUUUUAAGGUUGAGAACAAAAUGGAAUUUCCUAUGAAUAGCAUAUUUGGUGCAAUCAUCAAGCUGAUUUUUUUUUUCUUAUAGUUUUGAUGUCUUUAGAUACAUUAUCUUAUUUACCUUCAUUUUCUUUAAAGGUUUUAAGAAUUCUCGUCGACACUUCAGAUAAAUCACUACACAGAUUAACUACGUCGUUAU